UAUGCUUUUGUUUUAUACAUCAGCUGAUAGAUAAAUGUUUUUUUGGCCUGCAGGGUGGGGUCGGUUGCUCCAUCAACUGCAGAUGUGAAGGAUGCAAGAAUGCAUUUGGCAGAAAGGAUGGUUCUAUUUACAUAGGCACAGAUGGGGAUGCAGAGGAAGAGGAAACAGAUGCAUAUGAAAAGAGUAUUGUCGAUAGAACUUCUCAUAAGAGCCUUGUACAGAGUGAUAUCGAGCAGAAUCCAGAUUCUGCCCCCCCUGCAACACCAUUAAGUUUUGGAAGACCACCAAUGCAGCUUCCAUUUUCGUUGAAGAACAAACCGCCUCGAUCAUCAUUUCUAUCUAUCGGAUCCUCAUCUGGUGGUAUAUAUGCUGCUGGCCAAGGGGUUGGAAGGCCGAAUUUCUUUCAACCUCAACCCAAGUUUGACAAGCCAUUUGAGUCGGUUCAAGUUCAAGAAGAUGAAAUGCCCGAGAUACUCCAAGGGACUAAGUCUCCAGUCAGUGGCAUUAAGACAGCCUCUCCGAACAGGAAGAGAGUUUCUCCUCCUCAUUGUAACUAUGGGAAUUCACAUUCGCAUUCACCUGGUCGUCGAAGCAGCCGCAAGUUGAUACUGCAAUCCAUCCCUUCAUUUCCCUCCCUCACUCCCAAUCCUUGAAGAUCAGCCACCAGCAGGUGAACUUGGAAGGCAAUUUUUUAAAAUCUUUAUUGUUGUAGUUAUUAGUUUAGUUUAGUACACCUCCAUGGACCUUUGAGGCGCCCUUGUGCUUGUAUAAUAGCGUUGUUAUUUCCUAAAUAACCUUGUUUUCUCCUUAAUAAUGAAUCAAAGUUGUUGAUGUACUA